GUUCAGUCUGCCAAGCAAAUGGACAGCCGACAUCCUCAAUCUUGACUCUACCAGAGCGAAGCAAGCAGCGCGUCUACUAGCUCUUGCAACAGGUGAUCAGCAUGCUAGAGCCUUGCUCAGUGCUUUUGAUCCAAGCUUUUUCCCCGAGUCGUUCACGGAACCAGCUCAGCAGCCUCCAACUAGCAUAGCAGCAGGUACAACCAACAACAAAAUCAUGGCUUGAUCUGACAACGUCUUUAUCUCUUUUGGUACACUGGGCUAUUCUAACGCAUUCAGGAAGACGAUCUUGACCAAUGUGAUCGCCUUGCACACGAUACUCGCAUGAUCAAGGUAUCAACACGACCACGACGUGUGUCCGCGGAUGGUUGCAAGUUUACUGGGAUCCAGGCUGUCGAAUCCAUUCGCAAAGCAUUGUCGAGCCAGGGAAGGCAGUACGUCAUCUUAAACGCGUCUUCCUGUCGCUUGCCAGGGCGCAAGCGAGCGGGGUUUCCAUGGCCAUCUUUCAGCACGGUGCCAAGAAGAUACAAGUCGCCGUACGUGAUGACGCCCAACAACCUGCUCAACGGUUCCUUACUGACAACAGCAGUUGUGGCACAUGAAGCGUCUGACAGAGGCUCAGCAGGGGACCGACGACGAGAACGACAUGCAGGCACUACAAGCACGACGCAACGCACAAAACGCUGCGCCAAACUGCUUCCGUCCUUGUCCAUUUCGACCCUGACAAGCCGAUCUUCAUCAAGACAGACGCCUCUGACUCAGCAACAGGCAACGAUUUAUGACAAAAGUCCGCCGAUGGCUCGAUACACCUGGUUGCUUUUUCAGUCGCACCUUUGUUCCUACGGAAAUCAGUUACCAGAUUGACGACAGGGAAUUGUCGGCUAUUGUCACCGUCCUUGAAGCUUGGCUUCAAUAUGUGGAAGGUUCCGCCCAUGCGAUCACCGUCUGAGCUGACUACAAGAAUCUAGAGCAUUUCACAUCCACGCGGUAGCUCAAUCAGCGCUAAACUUGGCCGUCUCAGCUGCUCG